AUGCUCACAGCAUCCCGUGACGAAAUGCGAAAAUCUGUACCCGAGGACGCGAAUAUAAUAGUGAAGGGCUUCUGGCGAAUUUACAUAUUCUUGGAUGAAUACGUCUUUGAGGUUGCUGCAACGGGAUUGCGAUUCUUGCAUCUAGUAGCUAUAUUUGUGCCGGUGAUUGCAGCAGUCCCUGUCAUAUGGUUUGGACGGCGGAUAAAGGAUCAAGACGGUGAGAGGUCCGGAACACUGUGGUGGUAUGAGUUCCUGGUGUCGUCAAUGGAACGUGCAGGACCUGCGUUUAUCAAGUUGGGCCAAUGGGCAGCGUCAAGAUCCGAUAUAUUUCCGCCAGAAUUGUGUGCGUUGAUGUCAUCGCUUCAUUCAAACGCGCCCGCGCAUUCGUUCCGUGUCACGAAACGAACGAUCCGAAAAGCUUUCAACGGACUUCCGUUUGAGGAUAUAUUUGAGGAAUUUGACAAAGAACCAUUAGGCGUGGGUGCCAUUGCGCAGGUUUACAAAGCCAAGCUUCGACCCGACCUUGUGGCAAUAAAUGAGAGGAAUUUAGACGGCCAACCCAUAAAAUUUCGCCAAAAGGUUCGCAAGAACGUUGAUGUUUUAGUUAAGAGCACGCCACAGCGGGUUCCCUCCUCGUAUGUUGCCGUUAAAGUGCUCCACCCUCGAGUCGACAGAAUCGUUCGACGGGAUUUACAAAUCAUGAUGUUUUUCGCACGCGUGAUCGAUGCUAUCCCAACAAUGGGAUGGUUAUCACUUCCUGAUGAAGUCCAGAAAUUUGGCGAGAUGAUGAAACUGCAGCUAGACUUGCGGAUUGAAGCGACGAACUUGUCUAUAUUCCGUGAUCGCUUCAAGUCCAGAACCACCGCCUGGUUCCCCUAUCCUUAUUCAGAAUAUACGACGAGAGAGGUACUUGUUGAGGAGUUUGCACAAGGAAUACCUCUAACGACAUUCCUCAAAAAUGGCGGAGGCGCCUAUGAACGGGAAAUCUCACGUGAAGGCCUUGAUGCCUUCCUGCACAUGCUUCUCAUCGACAACUUCGUUCAUGCCGACCUUCACCCAGGAAAUAUUAUGGUCCGCUUCUACAAACCCGGGCAGCUGGACUUGUCCAUAGGAGGGCGUCACUUUACGUCACAUAGUAAAAAUGCAACUCAUGAUCCACCUGAGGAUGUUCUUUCGAGGCUUGCGGCCCAUCAAACGAACCCCGAUGCCUGGAACCGGGAACUUGCGAAAAUAGACGCCGAAGGCUACAGGCCGCAGAUAAUAUUUAUCGAUACAGGUUUGGUUACCGAGCUUAACAACACCAAUCGGCGCAAUUUUCUUGAUCUAUUCCGUGCUAUCGCCGAGUUUGAUGGUUAUAGAGCGGGUCAUCUCAUGGUUGAACGCUCAAGGCAGCCAGAUACGGUUAUCGAUGCGGAAAUCUUUGCAUUGAAAAUGCAACAUCUAGUUCUUGGUAUCAAAGGUCGAACAUUUGCGUUGGGCAAUGUCAAAAUUGGAGAUGUAUUGAGCCAAGUUUUAUAUCUGGUUCGUGCACACCAUGUGCGACUUGAAGGAGAUUUUGUCAAUGUUGUCAUUUCCAUCUUGCUAUUAGAAGGCAUUGGUAGGAGUUUGGAUCCGGAUCUUGACUUAUUCAAGAGUGCCCUCCCUAUCCUUCGCCAGCUCGGCUCUGGUACAACCCUUCUCAAAUCUGUUCGCGAAGGCGACACCUCCAUGCUGCGUGUCUGGAUGGGACUCGAAGCGCGCAGCUUCGUCCAGGCUAGCGUCAGCAGCGUUGAGUGGUGCGUGAAGUACGACCAGCUUUCUCCAAACAUAUAA